CGCCCCGCCCGCAAGAUGGCGGCUGAGCCCUGCCCCCCCACAACGGUUGGCUCGCGCUGGGGGGCAACGGACGUGUCCCCAGAUGUGGUGCAAAUGUUUGUACAAGAGGCCAUUGAUACCAGAGAUGGACUUUUUUGUGCAGAACUAGUGUCAUUUAAGCAUCCUCAUGUUGCAAACCCUAGACUUCAGCUUCCAUCUCCAGAAGAGAAAUGUCAGCAAGUUCUGGAACCACCCUAUGAUGAAAUGUUUGCUGCCCACUUAAGAUGUACUUAUGCAGUGGGAAACCAUGACUUCAUUGAAGCAUACAAAUGCCAAACCGUUAUUGUCCAAUCAUUCCUGCGAGCAUUUCAGGCACAUAAAGAAGAAAACUGGGCUUUGCCCAUUAUGUAUGCUGUAGCACUUGACCUUCGAAUUUUUGCUAAUAAUGCAGAUCAACAGUUGGUAAAGAAAGGAAAAAGCAAAGUUGGCGACAUGCUGGAAAAAGCAGCGGAAUUGCUGAUGAGCUGUUUUCGAGUCUGUGCUAGUGACACUCGAGCUGGCAUUGAAGACUCCAAAAAGUGGGGCAUGUUGUUCCUGGUGAAUCAGCUGUUUAAAAUUUAUUUUAAGAUCAACAAACUUCAUCUAUGUAAACCAUUAAUUAGAGCAAUCGACAGCUCAAAUCUGAAAGAUGAAUAUACAAUGGCACAGAGAGUUACAUACAGAUAUUACGUUGGACGCAAGGCCAUGUUUGACAGUGAUUUUAAGCAAGCUGAGGAAUAUCUGUCGUUUGCCUUUGAGCAUUGUCACCGCUCAAGUCAGAAAAACAAAAGGAUGAUUUUGAUUUACCUCCUGCCUGUAAAAAUGCUGCUGGGCCAUAUGCCAGCAAUUCAGCUUUUGAAAAAGUAUGACCUCAUGCAGUUUGCUGAAGUAACUAAGGCUGUGAGUGAAGGAAAUCUUCUCUUAUUGAAUGAUGCUCUGACAAAACAUGAGACAUUCUUCAUUCGCUGUGGUAUCUUCCUUAUCCUUGAGAAGCUGAAAAUCAUCACCUACAGGAAUCUCUUUAAGAAAGUAUAUUUGCUUCUCAAGACUCAUCAACUAUCCCUAGAUGCCUUUCUGGUUGCCCUGAAAUACAUGAAAGUGGACGAUGUUGAUAUUGAUGAAGUGCAGUGUAUUUUAGCCAAUCUUAUAUUCAUGGGUCACAUUAAAGGAUAUAUUUCUCAUCAGCAUCAGAAGCUUGUGGUUAGUAAGCAGAACCCAUUCCCACCGCUUUCUACGGUGUGUUGAGUCGCUUGCAUCUUAGGUACAGGGAUAUUCAUAGAAGACUUGCAUUGUCCAGUAGAACUGUUUGCUCAGAUUGCACAGCAUAAACUGUUAAUCAACUGGUCAUGUCCAGAACUAGAAUACCACAACUGUCACAUGGUUUCUUUGCCAGAUUGACCAGGGUCUGCCAGCUUGAUAAAACCUGGGGAAUGCAAUGCUCAUGUUUUUAAAGUGUUAGAGUUUCUUUGGCCUCUUGGAUAACUUGAAGCAUCUUUUGCAGGAAAAGAAAACAAAGCAUUCCCAAUUCACUGCAAAAAUAUUAAGAAACACUUUACAAGAAUUUUUGUAAAAGCCAAACCUUUCUCAACUGUCACUUAGACUGAUGCUAUUGUAAGCUCCCAUAACUGUUUCUAUGCCUACCUGUCAUAACAAGUGUCUAUCUUAUGAUGCUUUGUUAAUCCAUUCUUUGAGGAGGCAAACAAAGCUUUUUCACUUUUUUCAAGGCUUAACUCCUAUUACAUUUAAAUUUUUUGUUAAUAAUUUUGUUUUGGAUACAACGUGCUCUUUAAGUUGUCUGUAGAAAUUAGAGAUGAUCGUGCUAAAUACUGAACAUCAGGAACUUCAUUUUAUCUCAGUGGGAUUUAAAGAGAGCUGAGCAAAUACGAGAUGUUUGCCUCCUGCUGCUCAGAAUUCAGCCUCUGGUAACUGUUCUUCAGUACUUGUUUGAGUUUUCUGCUCAGAUAACGAAUAAACAUUUUGGUAAUUCACUCACAUUCCAUUGUUGUUCAUGCAGGUUAUUUUUAUAAAAGUAAUAAAACAAAUGUGAUAUUUUUCUCUUUGA